UCUCCUCAAAGCUAAACAUAAUGAGAAUAUUGUUCUGGUGACCUCGUCCUAAUUUAAAAAAUACCACAAUAGGUUAAGGUUGAUAAUAUUGAAAAUUGUUGUUUAUUAGCCUAGAAAUACAUUAGGAUGAGAACUUCAAAUUUUGAAAGGCAACACAUCACAUAUGUAAUGGUGUGACAUUGGAAAGUUUAGUUGAUGUUCUCUGGGCAAUAAAGCAUGGGCCAGACUGGGCAUCUUGGUGCUCCUUCACCAUCACUGCCAGCCACAGAGAAGGCUGUCAGGUCUUUCACAGGGAGGCAUUUCUGUGACAUGGGACUGGGAGAAGAACCCAUUGAGAGCAGCUGUGGAGAAGGACUUGGGGGUUCUUGUGGAUGGAAAGCUGGACAUGAGCCAACCCAAAGCCAUCCCUGUCCUGGGCUGUAUCCAGAGAACCACGGCAAACAGGUCGGGGGAGCGGAUUGUCCCCCUCUGCUCCUGUGAGAGCCCGCCCGGAGCACUGCACCAGCACAAGAACGGCGCUGUCCUGGGAGAGCGUGUCCACAGGAGAGCACGAAAAUGCUCAGAGAGCUGGAGCACCUCAGGCUGAGAGAGCUGCGGUUGUUGAGCCUGGAGACGGCUCGGGGCAAAGCUCAUCACACCUUCCCGUUCCUGAAGAGAGCUUUUAGAAGACAGAGAGUGACUUUCUACCCACGCAGAGAGUGAUGGCGCAGGGGGCCGGGCUGGGACUGCCAGAGGGGCCGGGCCUGGCCCGCGGGCAGGUGGCGGAGGCGCGGCGGGGCCCGCGGGCCGCCCCGGGCGCGGCAGGUGCCGUUGGGGUCUCCCGGCAACCGCCCGGCCAAUGGCGGCGGGGCGGGGCGGGGCGGGCGCGGGGUUAACCCCGCGGGGCCCGGCCAGGGCCGCACCGGCCGCGGGGCUCGCUCGGGAGCCGCUUCCCUCUUCAUCCUCCUCCCUGCGGCCGCAGCAGGUGGGGGGCGCGGGCUCCUCCGCCCCGUCGCGGGCGGGGCGUUGGGCGCGGCGGGUAACGGCGGCCGCCGGCGGGACGCGGGGGCGGCCGGGGCGGAGGCUCCGGCUGAGCGGCGGGGGCCGGAGAGAGCCGCGGCGGGGCCGGGCUGUGCCGCCGUCCCCCGGCGUGUGAGGCCCAGCGUUUGCUAUCUCGGCGAGGCUACAAGGCAGAUGCUCGGAGGAGAUGCCUACGUAACACACGUUGCCAGCAAUUGUACUAAAUACUUUGCUGCUGAACCAGUUGCUCAGGUACCCAGCCUGUCUCUGUUGCUAUGGGAGAUUGGAAGACUAUUACUGUGCCGGUGCUGUCAUCAGACAGCAGAAAUAUACUUGCAUAUACCUCAGAAAGACAGAGAUCUCCUACAAGCAUGAACUCACAAGUGCUACGCUUGUCACUGCCUUCACCCAAAAACAUGUACAACUUUUUCAGUGCCUUCUGCACAGAAGACAAUAUUGAGCAGAGUAUAUCCUAUAUUGAUAGGGAAUUAACAACACUGGGCUUUCCUUCUAUUUAUGCGGAGUCCAAAGGAAAAGAAUUAAAUUUAAUAGCUAUCAUAAAUUGUAUGAAUGAAUUGCUUUCACUGCAGCACAAGAACCUUCGAGCUCAGGAAGAAGUAGAAAUGCAGCAUCUGAAACUGGGAAGUGAUAUGGAUCACUUACAGAACUGCUAUGCUAAGUUAAAGGAACAGUUGGAAUUAUCUAAAAGGGAAAUAGUUGGGCUUCAGGAAAGAGACAGACAACUGCAAAGCAAGAACAGAAAUUUGCACCAGUUACUUAAAAAUGAAAAGGAUGAAGUUCAGAAGUUACAGAACAUAAUUUCAAGUAGAGCUACACAAUACAAUCAUGAUAUGAAGAGGAAAGAGAGAGAAUAUAACAAAUUAAAGGAACGCUUACAUCAGUUAGUCAUGAAUAAGAAAGACAAAAAGUUAGCUAUGGAAGUUCUAAAUUAUGUUGGUAGAGCUGAUGGGAAGAGAGGUGCAUGGAGGACUGAUAAAACAGAAGCCAGAAAUGAAGAAGAAAUGUACAAAGUUCUGUUAAGUGACUAUGAACAACGCCAAAAACAGCUUUUAAUGGAAAAUGCUGAGCUAAAGAAAGUUCUUCAGCAAAUGAAGAAAGAUAUUAUUUCACUGCUUCCACCACAGAAACAAAAACCUAAAGAAAGAUCUGAAGAUGGACUGGUGAUGUCAGACCAAGAGGAAGAUAGUGGAGAAUUAAAUAAAGAUAUGUGGGAAUUAUCUUGUGAAACUGUGCGAGAACAGCUUACCAACAGCAUUAGAAAACAGUGGCGGAUGUUGAAAAACCACGUUGAAAAGCUGGAUAACCAAGUGUCACGUGGACAUUCAGGAGCUUUGAAUGAAAAAGAUGUCAUUUCAAGAGAAGACCAUGAGCUAGAAACUGAAAAGCUAGAGUUAGAGAUUCAGCAAUGUAAAGAAAUGAUCAAAACUCAACAACAGCUCUUACAGCAACAGCUAACAUGUGAUGAUGACACCACUCUGUUACUACAAGACUGCUAUUUGUUGGAAGAAAGAGAGCGUCUUCAGGAAGAAUGGAGACUAUUUCGAGAACAAAAGAAGAAUUUUGAGAAGGAACGAAAAAGUUUCACAGAAGCUGCUAUUAGAUUAGGACUUGAGAGAAAGGCAUUUGAAGAAGAUAGAGGAGCAUGGCUGAAGCACCAGUUCUUGAGUAUGACUGCUGAUUGCAAGUCUGAAAAUGUGACAACUCCAAGUGCCUUCUUAAGAAGUUCUGACCCAGACAUUCGUUUACUCAAGUCUGCAUCUCGGCAGAGAAAACCUCCCUCUGUGUUCAGUCCUACUGUUGCACCAGAACCUUGCCAGAUAUCUCAAUAUAUUACACAAAACAGUGUUGCAUCAGAGAAACCUGCUGCAGAUAAGAUGCCAAAUCUGUGGGUGGAAAGUGAUGACAAAGAAGAAACUGAGGAAUGCACAAAGUUAUGGGAAGACUCUGAAGUUGGCACUCUAUGUAGAAACUUGCACAUGGAACAGCUGCCUUAGACUUGUAGGGUUGCCUGCUGGGUUUUUUGUUAGAGACUUGUUCAUAAACUUGUCAUUCUAAAUGAAACAGAAUGCUGUGAGUUUGAUCAUUCUUCUAGAGGAUUAUGUGGUGAUCUGAAUUGUGGUGCGUUUCUAUGUGUGUGCACAUGGCUUUUAUUUUUUAGACCAUUUUUUGCCUCACUCUUGAAAGAAAAUUUAAAAAUAUAUAAAAGCUUUGAUAUUUUUCUAGUAAUAGAAGUUCUAAUUGUGUGGAUAAAACAAUGGUCUGAAACUUUGGCUAUAAUGAAAUACUGGAUCCUAAUGUUACCUUUCACCACAGGCAGAGAUAGCACUUUUAGAAAUUGUUUAAUUGUUGGACUUUCAUUUAUGUCUCAAGUGUAACUGGUAUUAAAUCCUCUUUUGCCUCGACUUGAAUGUACAGUAUACUGUAGAUUUUUAACAAAACAGGUUCUAUAUUUAUUGUGUGAUUUGAAAAUACCUCUUUGAUAUCUCAAUGAUUUAAAAUGCAAAAUCUUUAUAUAUUUGUAAAUAGAACAAGUGGUUAUGCUGAGAAACCAUGAAAUGAAACACAUGCAUACAUAAAUAUUAUUUUACAUGGCAUUUUAAAUUGUUUUAUGGUGAUACUCAGUUUACAGAUCCAUUAGGACUUUCAAUGGUUCAGUCAGGAACCAAAGUAUUUAAAAUGUGAACAAUAAAUGUGUAAUUCUAUUCUAAAAGACCCUGGUUCUAUGAUUUGUGUGCAGUAAACUUUUAAGCUACCAUGGUUAUAGGGCUGUAUGCAAUGUCUACAAAUCUGGUGCUGAUUUUGUAUUUUAUUAGUGUUUUUGCUUUAAUUGACUCCAGAAUUUUCUGUUUUGUGUAGCCUUGGGAAAGUCUCUUCUGUUUAUAAGGUAAUAAAAAUAGCAAAGUUAGAGGUAAUAUGUUUCAAGGUCUCCUUCACCUUACUCAGCGCAUGUAAUUUACCUUGCCCAGUACAAAUCCGUUUUCUCUUGUUGGGAUUUUGUGCUUAUGUGAUCAUAUAUAGCUCUGCAUGUGUGAUCACUCUGAUCCUUGUGUAGUUGGCCUUUUGGAAGAUAUCUGGGCUUAAACUGCCUUUCUUGGGGUCAGAGGUGGGAAAUUAACUCAAGUUCAGAAUCCUUCACUGAAAAUGCAUUGCUGCUCUGCCCAUUUUCUUCAGAAUUGGAUGGAGUAGUGAUUGGAUUAUCUGGAAAAAUAGCAGUAGGAUAGUACAGGCAAGAGAAGAAACUGCAGUUCUCAAAGAAACUAAGGUAAAAAGCUGGAGUUUCUGCUGUUGUGUUCAAUCCACUGAAUUCCAGUUUGACAUGAAGUAGUAGCCAACGUAAAUUGCAGAGGAUACUUGUGUGGUUUUCAUAUAGCACCCGUAAGGGAGCAGAAGUGGAUAUAAUGAUAAUGCCAAUUCUAAUGGCUUGGCGGGCUUUUUGCUGCAUGAGUAAGGCAGGUUGGAAAGACAACAAUAUCUUCCCCAAUAAAUGUGUGUUUAAUGUCAUGCCAUUCACUCCAGCAUUGUUGCAGUGUACAGUUCCUGUUGGUUUCACAUUUAUCAGUUUUUGGGCAGCUCUUGCCUGAAUUUUACUUGUGGAAAAGUAAAUACACAUUCAAAAAACUUAAGUAAAGUGAAAUUUUAAUAUAUAAAGUGGGAGAACAGAACUCUGCAACAAGGAUUAUUUUCAAGCCAAUAGUGACUGCAGAUCUUCACUGCUGAGGCAGGAUCCAGAUGCCACCAGGGGCUGCUGCUGUUCCAGUGUCUGCUCAUGGGUGCACUACUGGGACUUAAUUGUGUUUGCUUUACUUGGGCCCUCCUUCUUCAGCCUGGUUUUGUUUAUGAAAGUAACUUUUCAGAUAAUAAUGCCUUGAAGAACAAAAUAACUUACCCAUUUAAACUCUUGUUUCUGUCCAUUGAGGGAUUAGCAAUUUAAUAAACAUCUUGUACUAAUUUUUUGCUUUAGAGUUCUGUAACUCAUCUUACAGAAGUGGAAUGUAUGUUUGAAUGUCUCCAUGGAAGAACUGUGCUCAAAGGGUAUAUGCAGUUGAGUCCUGAGCUGGUCUCAGACUUGGUCUGGAAGUCUGGAGUAAAGAUUAAAUCUUGUCCUUGUACAGAAGUAAAACAGAGUUUCUGGAUUUCUCUAUAUACAGUGUCUGGGAAGAUUUUAAAUCUGAAGCUGCUGCUAAUAAUGGUAUGAAUUCUGCAGAGGGUGACAUCGUGAUACUUAGAGCUGUUGAAAAAACUGCAAGACCUUUCUCACUCAGACUUGAAGAGGAAAGGGGGAGACUUCCUGCAGGAAUGUGAUACAGGGGUGUACACAUAUGUGUAUAUUUGAAAUAAUAUAGUGAGUGCUCUUCUCAAGAACAAGAAGUAGAGACUCCCAGCAGGUGAUUACAGUACAGCUAUUGUUACCUACUUGUGCAUGGUAGUGAAAAGAUGAGUGGUUCUCUUAAACUGGGAUGUUUCACAAAAGUCUUUAAAUACAAUAUUCAUUGCUGAUUUUUCAGCCUGUGAUGAGCAUGCUUUUACCAUAAAUAUCACUCUGAUUAAGUAUGAGUACUUACUUUCAGGAUUAUAUUGGAGUUGUUAAUGUUUUUCCCUUUCAUUCCCAGUGGCUGAGACCUAUGCAAUAUAUAGCUCCUGCAAUUCAGACUGUAUAGCAAAAAACCCUAAUAAAUGGAAAUUUUUCAUAAGAGAACCUUCUUCCUCCAAAACACUGUCUUCCUACUUUGAAGAACUGCUUCCACCAGAUUCUACAGGCAUGCUCUACUUCAGUUGCAGGACAAAAGAAAAAGCAGACUCUAUUCUAGCUUAUUUUCUGGAGCUUAUUGUGUGUCCAGGUACAUCUCAAUCAGGUCAAGGUAACUGAUAUAUCUAGAUAAUACAAACAGGUUAUCCUUGAAAGGAAAAUAGAAGGCUAUGCAGGGUACUGGCAAUACUGUGUAUGUUGAAUUAGCUUAGUUAUUAUGCAGCUUUUUUUUUUUCUUAAUUUGCAGUUAUCACUAAGCUUUUGUCUGUGAAGCCUUAGAAGAUAUCUUGGGUUUAGAUUUUUUUUUCUGAUUUGUGAGAGAGGCUGAUGAGAAUAUGUGAAAUAUUGACAUAGUUGUAUCAAAAAGCUGGCCUCAGAAGAAGUGUUCAGAUUAUCUGAUGAUUUAUUUAUUGCUUUCAGACAAUUCAUUUGAUAUCUAAUGUUCACUGUGCCCUACGAAGCUGCACUGUAAUGAAAACUUAAGCUGCCAUGGUAUAUAUUUUGUUGUAGUUUUUGCUCUGACAGCAUUCAUGUGUCUUUAUUCACGUUUUGAGUUGUACAAGAUGUGCAACUACUUGGAAUACAUAACAGGUAAAUUUGUUUCAAAGAAAUAUUUACCAAUAAACCAUUAAUUUUAACUGUAUGAAAGAGCUUGUCCCCUGAGGCAC